AUGGCAUCUGGAUUUACCGGCGGCGGUGGUGGACCGGAGUUUUUCGGCGUCGGUGGUAGAUCUAUGUCUGGAGGUCCCGGAACCGUGAUAAACGCCGGUAACAAUAAUCCUCAAGCGACUUACAGGAACCAGAUUCCCGGAAUUUUCCUUGAUCAGAUCGGAAACAGAGUCUCCGGUGGGCAUGGAAUCGCCGGGAAACGGACUCUAGCUGAUUUUCAGGCGGCUCAGCAGCAAUAUCAGCAUCAGCAACAGCAGUCGUUUCAUAAUCAAGCAGCUAUCAACGCUUUUCUUCUUAGGUCCGUGAAGCCUAGAAAUUUCCAGAAUCUUCAGUCUCCGAUGAUCGAUCUCACAUCGGUUAAUGAUAUGAGUUUGUUGAAUCAUUCCUCUCAGCGUUACGGCUUACCGCUUCUCCGGUCACAGGCGCAGCAGCAGCAGCAGUCGGAUUUGGGAAUUUAUGGUGGGGUCCGAAUGGGAUUCGGGUCGGGUAAUCCGACGUUAACCGGCGUACCGUGUAUUGAACCGGUUCAAAACCGGGUCGAGGAAUCGGAGGACAUGCUGAAUAGUUUGAGAGAGCUUGAGAAACAGCUUUUAGACGACGACGACGAGAGUGACGCACAAGGCGGUGAUGAUGACGUGUCUGUUAUCACCCAUUCAAAUAGUGACUGGAUGCAAGGCCUCGUGACUCCGAGUCCGAACCCGAGCCCGAACCCGAAUCCGGGUUCGUCUUCUUCCCCUAGCUCUUCUUCCUCGUCUUCUUCGCCUUCAACGGCUUCGACGAUGACAUCGGCCUGUUCGAGGCAAACGGUGAUGGAAAUCGCGACGGCUAUCGCUGAAGGGAAGACUGAGAUAGCGACGGAGAUCCUGGCGCGUGUUUCUCAGACGCCGAAUCCGAGGAGGAAUUCCGAGGAGAAGCUGGUGGAUUUCAUGGUGACGGCGCUUCGAGCGCGGAUUAAUCCGGCUGAGAGCUCUGCUCCUGCUCUUCCGUCGACGGAAUUGUACGGGAAGGAGCAUCUGAUUUCGACUCAAUUGCUCUACGAGCUCUCUCCUUGCUUCAAACUCGGAUUCAUGUCGGCUAAUCUCGCCAUUCUCGACGCCGCGGGUAACAACGACGACGAGGGGGUGACGAUGCAUGUUAUCGAUUUCGACAUCGGAGAAGGUGGACAAUACGUUAACCUCCUCCACGCGCUCUCCGCGCGUCGGAGCGGUAAGAAUCCUCCGGUGGUUAAAAUCACCGCCGUGACGAACAACAGCGACGGAUAUUUAGUCGCCAACGACGGUGGAGAGAAUAGGUUAACAGCCGUUGGAGAACUUCUGACGCAACUCGGUGAUCGACUCGGUAUUUCUGUGAGGUUCAACGUUGUGGCGAGUCUAAGACUCAGCGAUCUGAGCCGUGAAUCGCUCGGGUGCGAUCCCGACGAGAAUUUGGCCGUGAACUUAGCUUUCAAGCUCUAUCGUGUUCCAGACGAAAGCGUAUGCACGGAGAAUCCGAGAGACGAGCUUCUCCGACGCGUGAAGGGGCUUAACCCGCGCGUGGUGACUCUAGUGGAGCAAGAGAUGAAUUCUAACACGGCGCCGUUUUUGGGCCGAGUGAGCGAGUCGUGCGCGUGUUACGGUGCAUUGCUUGACUCGGUCGAGUCGACUGUUCCGAGUUCGAACUCGGACCGGGUCAAAGUCGAGGAAGGGAUUGGUCGGAAGCUGAUAAACGCGGUGGCGUGCGAAGGGAUCGAUCGGAUGGAGCGGUGCGAGGUGUUUGGGAAAUGGCGGAUGCGGAUGAGCAUGGCCGGGUUUGAGCUGAUGCCAGUGAGUGAGAAAAUAGCUGAGUCGAUGAAGAGUCGACUCAGUAACGGAAACCGAGUCCACCCGGGGUUUACCGUUAAGGAAGAUAACGGAGGUGUGUGCUUUGGUUGGAUGGGACGGACACUCGCUGUCGCAUCCGCUUGGCGUUAA